CGUAAUCACGCGCGGCGGCCUGCUCCUGUCCCUCCUCCCGCGGGCCGCCCUCGCCGCCACGCUCUGGAGGUUCGCAGGAGCCACCUGGGUCGCCCGUGUUACUGUGUCACGGCGGACAUUCAUGUGACGCCUCGGAUUGGCACAUGAUAAACAAACUUAGGCAACCGCAGUAACUUAGAUUGAUUUAUGAUUGCGUGGCUCCUCCUCCUGCUGGCGGGAAGGGAGUGCUGAAUGUCCCCAAACACCGCCCCCACGCCCGCUGGCAGCGUGGUCCGCGCCCCUGACGGCGUGGACGGCGUGUAUCUGUGCAUUCUGUCAUAAAACUUGAGGGGGAACUCGGCAGGUCUUUCUCUUACAGUACUGGGCACGAGAUUUGUUAUGGUACAAAACGCACCUCUGGCAGCGGCGAGGCUCGUUCAGGAGUGACGUAAAUCACCCUGAGCCGCCUAAUCCUUGUGGCGGGAUGCUCGUGGCCACUCCCGGGUCCGGUCUUCGAGGGCCCUGCACGGCGGCAGACCUUGAUCUGCACGGCGAUACUCACGUCUAGAUACGUGCAAAGGGCGGCGAGGGGCGUCCAGGGAAAGAAAUGGCCGGAGGUGUAAAGUUAGCAAUGUGAUGCUGAGAGCGAUCUCCCGCGCAGACUCCCCCACACAAAGGCCAGCAUGUAAACAAAGACCUUAUUUCAGCUUCCUCGCUUUACCCGAGAAAUUCCUCUUGCAAAAACUUGAAUUAUGUCACACUGAGUUGAUUUCAAGUGGAAAUGAGGGACUUGUGAGUCUGUUGUCAGCUGGAUGGCGAGUUUUUUGUCGGCAUCCCAUUCUCAUAUUGAUCGUGGCGGGCGCGGAGGCUGGCUUGGCCCGUCAGGUUAUGGUUUUAUGCGAGUGAGACGGCCCCAGUGAUUGGCGGUCGGGGCGUUUUCUCUCUGUUAAUGGCAUACUCACUCCGAAAAGGUGCUGUUUUGUGGUAUUCAUUCGAGUCCACGCGUUAUUUCUUGUCGUUGAGCAAACAGCCAUAAAAAUCUGAAUAAUCGUGUGCGGUGGAGGUGUGUGGAGCGGCGGCGGACAUGCGUUAGUGGUGUAGUGAGGACAGUGGUGGAGGGCUGGUGCGCGCGACAGCGGGAGCCUCGCCUCCGUCAGUCGCUGCUGGCCUGUUGGCUGUGACGGUGGUGUGUGUGGUGCGCUCCUACUCACUCCUCCACUCGCGCUGGACUGACCCUGGUGCUGCUUGUGGCGCCACCGUGGUAUACGGGCCGCUGCGGCUGUACCUGCUGCUGCUGAGUGUUUGUGUUGUGUGGUGGUGUGAAGUGAUAGUGGCGGCCAGCAUGGAAGAUCAGUCGCGGGGCAUGAUGCACCCCACAUCUCAAACGGGCAUGCUCAUGCCCCAGCACUAUGGCAUGGGCGGAGGCUCGGUGGAUCCUGGCCAAGGCACUACCACGCCGGACAAUGAAGGCCGCAAGCAGGACAUUAACACCAUCCUGGAGCAGAUCAUGAACAUCACGGACCAGUCGCUAGAUGAGGCACAGGCCAGGAAACACACGUUAAACUGUCAUCGGAUGAAGCCAGCUCUCUUCAGCGUCCUCUGUGAAAUCAAGGAAAAAACAGGUACGUGACUAGAGAGUGUAUGGCGGGGACUCUUGCUUACUCACACUGUCUCUCUCCUCGCCCCUUUCCUUCCGGGCUG